UCGUCGUCUGCUGGCUCGCCUAGAGUCCUCAACGGAUUCCUGGCCAACUGCACAAGGGGACCGAGGAAGCCGCCAUGACUCUUACUUUUCCUUAUCGCCUUGUGCCCAUUCUGUCCUCCUCUUACGUGCAGUCUUGUACUGCCGCCUGUGAAUAUCGUGUCAGACAGCAAUGACAUCGAGCGCCGGUGCACGCCAUGCGCGGAUGUGACGAAGCCUGGCUUAGCCGGUGGAAGGUGGAUCGGAAGAUCGAGUGCGGAACGUCAACGCAGGUUGUGGUGAUGGAGAUGAAGAGGUGCAGCCGGUUACUAUGGGGGUCUCGCACUCGAGGGAAUAUGAAGCCUAGUAAUAGUGCCUUUGUCGAAGACGCGGUGUAGGAUGGCCGGAAAUGGGUCAACUGCGGGUGGUCAUGCGCACUUGGUCGCGCAAGUCGCGGAAGGUACGCCACAGGUUUGCUGCCUCAACAAUUCAAAUAUGUGGUCGCCGGGUGACGAGACGUGCGCGGGAAUGGAAGGCAUGGAUACUUUUCAAGUACUCGAUACGUGCAGCGCAUACCAGGGAGCGUGGGGACAUGAGCGUGGUACAUCGUCAUAGGCAAGGAUGCACCUAAACAGACAUGGCUGGCAUGGCUCCGCGUCGGUAGUGCUAAACUGCCCACCGACCCUGACACGCAACUCCCACCUGUACCUGCAGAGUU